CAAAGUGAUCUAUAAAAGCAAGACUUAAACCCAAACAACACGAAGAGAACCCCAAGAGUCCAGAGAAGACCAAAAAAAAGAAGAAGAAAUGAAGUUGGUUUGGUCUCCGGAGACUGCAUCUAAGGCCUACUUAGACACCGUUAAGUCUUGCGAGAAUCUUGCAACGCCUGACGCGGCGGAGCUAAUAUCUGCGAUGGCGGCUGGCUGGAACGCGAAGCUGAUCGUGGAAACGUGGUCAUGCGGAGACGAAAUAGCCUCUAGUAUCGGCUUAAACGUCGCGAGCCAACACGCAAACGCUAGACACAUAUGCAUCGUACAAAACUCGAGAACAGAGUCCGCUUAUCUCCAAGCCAUACAAGAAUAUUCAUCUCCCUUGAACCCACCAGAGACAAUCGUAUCCCAAGAACCCGAAAACGCGAUGAAGGAGAUACAAGGAGUCGAUUUCUUGGUCGUGGAUUGGCGGAACAAGGAACUUGCAGCGGCUGCGUUGAGGAACGCUGCGUUUGGAAGCAGAGGAGCGGUGGUGGUUUGUAGAAACGGGUAUUCGAGAUGCUCUUCGGGUUUUAUCUGGAGAAGGGCUUUAAGAGACAGGGAAGUUGUUAGAACGGUGACUCUUCCGGUCACCGGAGGUAUUGAGAUUGCUCAUGUGGCGGCUAGGAAUAGGAACUCGGGGAAGAGCGACAAGGGUAAGAGAAGAUGGAUCACGCAUAUUGAUCAGAGAUCAGGAGAAGAACAUGUAUUUAUUAUUUAGAAAGUAGUUAAAUAGACAAAACUGUGAGAAAUGUUUUAUUCCGAUUCUUGUAUAUCACUUUGUACAUAAGAUUCCAUAGAUGCUAUUGUACCAUACAUGUCUUAGAUCUCGGCUACAGUUAAUGAUAUGAAAAACCUUGCAUUGAAUAACAGAUUGAGCAAAACUUGUUGAAUCUCA